GAAACAAGCGCUCUGCUCUCAUCUCUUUAAGGCAGCAGGGACUGUUGCUGCUUUCUUUCCUCUGACAGUGAAUGUCCUCCUCUCCCUCUGCAGACUCGGUACUUCCAGCCUCCCUCGGUGUGUGUGAACGCAGCAGGCAUCACCCAGGACGACUUCCUGCUCAACAUGGAGGAGGAUCAGUUUGACAAAGUCGUCCAGGUCAACCUGAAGGGUUCCUUCCUGGUCCUUCAGGCUGUGGCUCAGGCUCUGGUGGCCUGUGGAGCACCCAAGGGAUCCAUCGUUACCGUGGGCAGCAUCGUGGGAAAGGUCUCUGCUUUACACUUUACAUAUUUAGCUGAAGCUAAAGUUCGUAUCCAGAAAGGCACGACUAUAUGUGUGAUGGUGGGAUUGUCCACAACUGUUAAAGGAUGAAGUCGGCAGUAUUUUCAUCCUGGACCUGUCUUUAGUUCACCAAGAGCUUCUCUUCAGUGGAGUCCAAAGGGACCAAAUAGAAGCAGUCAAACCCCAAAACAGAUGGAAAUACAAUGGAUAGUUCGUCAUUUAAAACGUGUUGAACAGGAAUGUUUCCUUUAGCUUUCUAAUCAACGUUUCCCAAAGCACAAGAUCCACGAAUACACACAGAAAUCCAUCUAGAGCUUUAUUCUAAAAAACAAUAUGAAGCCAGAGACACACAUGAGUUGUUCAGUCCUCUGUGAGAGUAUCUGCUGUGUGAUUUGAACUUUGACUGCUUCAUGAAGAUCUCCAGUGGAACAGGACUGAUUGUGUUUCCUGGUGUGUGUGUGGUUAACGUUGGUAGGUGGGAAACAUCGGACAGGCAAACUACGCCGCCUCUAAAGCAGGAGUGGAGGGUUUAACCAGGACGGCUGCCAAAGAGCUCAGCAGGUG